AUGGCAAGGAAGCGACUUCUCGUGUUUCUAUUUGUGCCACUAGUACUUAUCGGGCUGUUUUUCACCGGCACCGUUAGCGAUAGCGAAUGGUCUCAGUCAAUAGGAAAUGGAUUCAAAAACGGCGUUAGCUAUGUGACGGGCGAUGGGCACUCAGGUGGCCAGUUCGGUGGCGGUGGUAUCAUAUAUGUAUCGAGUAACAGCUCCAACACAUCGAUCGGCCACGGUACCACAAAGUACUGGAAGAGCAAGCCUUUCAAACGCCCUGGCUACGAGCUACCCUUGGCUGACGGCAUGCCGCUGCGUAUCAUGGCCCUGGGUGCCUCGACUACCCGCGGUGAUAGCCCCGAAAAGGGCAUCGACAACAACGGCUUCCGUCGGCCUCUGCGAGAGAAACUCGUCAAGAUCGGUAACCCUGUCAACUUUGUAGGGUCCCAGCGCCUCGGCAACAUGACCGACAACGAUAUUGAAGCGUAUCCCGGUGUGCCCACCCACAGAAUCCACGCCCAUGCCAAAGAGGCUGUGCCCUCGAGGAAACCCAACUUGUUCCUACUCAAUGCUGGCUCAAACGACUGCUUCCAACACAUAGACAUCGACAACUUUUACAAGCGAUACGAUGCUUUAGUCCAAUACUGUUUAUCAGCCUCUCCACGCUCCACCAUCAUCAUGUCUACAAUUCUUCCUACUUGGGACAAGCGCUUCAAUGGCAGAGAAGAAGUCUGGAAGGUCAACCCUCAAAUUCGAAGGCUCGCCAAGAUCUAUCAAGCGGAAGGCAAACCCGUUGUUCUGGCCGAGCUUCAAGGUCCCGACGGUGUUCAGGACGGGAAUAUUGCCGAGGAUGGCAUGCACCCUGGUACAGCUGGUUAUGAGAUGAUGGCUACCAAGAUGUUCGAGGCGAUCGUCGAGGCUGAUGCUAGGGGCUUUCUACAGUCCCCCGAGCCGGUUAUGGGCAUCCUCGACGAUGGUGAUGAGGAACGCAAGGACGACGCCUACUUUGCUCACUUUGAACAAAUGCAAGCCAUGGACAACGCCACCAUGUCAGCAGAGCAGGCCGAGAUGGAUAGAAUGAAGGCAGAGCUCGCUGCGAUGCAUGUACAAGAGGCCGAGAAGCAAAAAGAGGACAAGAAGCAGUCGAGGCACGUACGCCGAAACAGGGAGCACAGAUUCCCCCAGCUGCAAGUUGUAUAA